GGAGUCGGAGGCAGCCGUGCUCGCUGAAGCUGCUACGAGCGAGGGAGGGAGGCUUCUCAACCGUAGCUUCAGCUGCGCUUGCUUUUGUUUACGGAAUCGGGAAGAGAGUCGGACCUCGCAGUGGACUCAGCAAUGACGAAUGCGAGUCGAAAGGAUCGUCGAAUUUCACAAAUUGGUAACUGACCGUCAUCGAGCGUGGACCUCGUCGUUGGCAAACGUAUGUGACAUUGUUUCUGAAAUCGUUUAGUCAAUCAUGAGGAGGCGACCAGGCAUAGCAGGAUUGCAAACAGCUGCAACCAACAGGAACCAGUUUAGGACUCUCGGAGAAGAUGUUGCCAAAGCACGAACCGAAUCGAUGAAGGAGCAGUUGUCUGUUUUCAGAACGCAGCUCGAGGACUUUGCUCGGAAGCAUAAGAAUGACAUUAAAAAAAGUCCAGCAUUUAGAGCACAAUUCCACGCCAUGUGCCAAAAGAUUGGAGUUGAUCCUCUCGCUUCAAAUAAGGGGUUCUGGGCUGAACUCCUCGGAAUCGGUGAUUUCUACUAUGAGUUAGGUGUUCAAAUUGUGGACAUCUGUCUUGCUACCCGGUCUCACAACGGAGGCUUGAUCGACCUCGAAGAGCUUCGGGCACUUCUUACCAAAAGACGGAGAGCCUCUCGAGAACGAAUAACAGAGGAUGACUGUUCCCGGGCUAUCAGCAAAUUGAAAGCACUGGGAGGUGGCUUUGAAGUCUUCACUGUGGGAAACAGAAGACUGGUUCGCUCAGUUCCCACUGAGCUGAACAGAGAUCAUAAUCAAAUCAUUGAAGCUGCACAGAUUCAAGGCUAUGUUACGGCAGAAGAUUUAGUUUCAAGGUUUUCUUGGCAAAUGGGGAGAGUCAUCGAUGCCCUUGAAACGUUGAUGAAGGAAGGCUUGGUUAUGGUAGAUGAUGGUCAUGCAGAUGGCAAAAGACGCUACUGGUUCCCGUGUGUAAGUACAGUGGAUGUGGAUUUGGAUGACUCUGCGGGUAAUACAACAUGAAGUACUUACAAAACCAAGCAUCUUCCAUCACCUAAUAAACAACUGACUUGUUAGAUUGCGCUUAUAUUUCUGUACGCAUCAUCCCUUGCAAGAUUCCUUAGUUGGAAUGGAAGGGAGCUACCUUGUCAUCACUUUGUGGAUACCAAUGCGCCAAAAAGUUUGUUGGCGUCCAGUGUGUCAUGUUGUGUCCUGAGUCGAUUGCGAGCAUCAAAGAAGAGCAAGAAUGUAGCUCUGCUCCACAAAACUUCUGACCUUGGAUCAGGUGUGCGAACAACACGCCUGCAGAAAUCGUGAUUUUCAGUGAGUUAUUUGGCGUUCAAGUACUUUCGAGACCAACGUCAGUGCCUGCCCGCAGUUUUUCAGCAGAGUGAAUGUACUUUACGAUAUACGGAUUGU